AUGGCCCUCGAGAUGAAACUUCAUCAACAGUCGAAGCUCCUUUUACUUGUUGACUUCAGGUCUAGGCUGAAAACACCAUUGCCUGACGGAUACUUUGGGAACGCGGUCGCCAUGCCCUGCUAUCUUUGCACCACGGAAGAGUUGAUUGAGGAGCCAAUCUCUGCUUCUGCAGAAAGAAUAAAGAAGGCAAUCGAGAGUGUGACUGACGACUACAUACGGUCAAGGAUCGACUAUUUGGACAUGAAUCGAUUAGAGGGGUUGCCUGUGGGCACACUAAUAAUAAGUUCAUGGGCGAGGCUCGAGUAUGGCAAGACGGACUUUGGGUGGGGAGAGCCAAGGUUUGGGAUUGAUGGCCUGCCGAGCUCAAGCUGCAUGUUUAUGUCAGACGGAAGAGAGAAGGGCAUUGCGGUGAAGUUGGGUCUGCCACUUUCAGCCAUGAUUGCCUUCGAGAAGCUUGUUUGUGAUCUAAAUGAUACUCAGCACACUCAUAUUGGUAUUCAAAGCUAG